UAGAUAGAUAUCUAUACAGGGUAAAUAAGGGCUGAUAUGAAGUUUCUAAAAAUAAUCACGAAAAUCACAAAGACAUUUUUUUUUUCUGUUUCUUUUUUUGUUUUGAUUUUGAGUUCCAAAAAAAAUUUUAUCAUUUCAAGUUAUGACAACCAAAUCAUCAUCAACCAAUUCAAGCAUUCACUCAUCACCACCACCUCAUUCAUAGAUCAUAGAGGAUAGAUCAUACCUUCUAUCACAUCCAAGAUUGUUUUAAUUCUUCAUUCCUUCAUUCGUUCUUUCCCCUUAGUUUCAUCAUCCCCCCUUUGCAUAUCCAUUCCACUUCAUUCCACCUCACAUUCACCCAUUCAUAAACACGUCUCAUAUACACUCAUAUCAUCAUGACAUUUGGAAGUUUCGAUGCCAUCUGUAAUAACACAGCCUUACCCUUAUGUUCAGUUCUUGCAGCUGUCGAUGAUUCAUCGUAUUUCGCCACGGGAAUCUUACCCAUUUGUUAUGCUCGUAGUGUUGAAUUAGCCAAUACUAUGAUUUUCCAAAUUGGGAAUGCCUUCGUUCAUAUCGGAAGUUUAAUCGUUAUAUUAAUCAUUAUUUUCAACGUUAGAGCCAAAUAUACUGCCAUCGGAAGAUCGGAAAUGUUAUACUUGUUUUAUGUUUUAUUAUGUUUGAUAGUUUCAACUUUAAUUGUUGAUUGUGGUGUAAGUCCUCCAAGUUCAACUUCAUUUGCAUAUUUUGUAAGUUUACAAUUAGGGUUCUCCAGUGCCGUUUGUAUUUGUUUGUUAUAUAAUGGAUUCUUAUGUUUCCAAUAUUGGGAAGAUGGAACCAGAAGAUCAAUUUGGUCAUUAAGAAUCAUGAGUUUUAUAUGGUUUGUGGUUAAUUUCAUUAUUUCCAUUGCUACAUUUAAAAAUUGGGGUUCAAUAUUAAAUAAUAAAAACACCGAAGUAUUAUUCAUCGUCACUUAUAUCAUUAAUGCUGUGAUUUUAUUCUUUUACGUUGUUUCUCAAAUCAUAUUGGUCAUAUUCGCUCUUGAUACAUAUUGGCCAUUAGGAUCAAUCUUCCUUGGAGUGUUCUUUUUCGUGGCGGGUCAAUUAUUAACUUAUCUUUUCAGUGAUCAAGUGUGUAAAGGUGCUUCCCAUUAUAUCGAUGGAUUAUUCUUUGGAUCAUUAUGUAAUAUCUUUAGUGUGAUGAUGAUUUAUAAAUUCUGGGAUUCAAUCACUAAUGAUGAUUUGGAAUUCUCAGUGGCUAAUGUCGAACAUGGUAUUAAUUCAUUUGGAGCCAAUAUAAAUGCUGAAGAUGAAAAGAGAAUGAGUGGAUUCUUUUAAGGUUAUUACAAAUAAGUAAAUAUAUAUAGUUAAAUAUAGCACACAACCCAACCCAUAGAUAUCAAUAUAAAAUAGUAUUAGAUUGAAGUUAGUUGCAUCAUAGAAUCUAAACCUAUUAUCAAUUGGAUCCAGUUAGACGAUAUCACACCAUAUCUAACUCUAAUCAUCCACUUCAGAGCUCUAAACCAAUUGAUCGAAACCGUCUUGUAAUUGUUCCUUCCUGUCGUUUAAAAUUGUCUGUCUGUCUGUCUGAUCACACAAAAUCAGACA